AUGAGAACCCUCAACUUCAACUGCGCCCUCAUAACCGGCGGCAGCGGCGGCAUCGGGCGCGCCAUGGCUGAGUAUCUCAUCUCUCAAAAUAAAAAGGUGAUAAUCGCCGGCCGCACCAAAUCCACGCUCCAAUCCACCGCGCGAGAGAUCGGCGCCGCCGCAUACUACGUCCUCGACACCGGGAGGCCCGAUGCGAUCCCCGGUCUCAUCGUGCAGACCACCGAAGUCCACCCGGACCUGGACUGCCUGAUCGAUAACGCAGGCGUGCAGCGACCGCUACAGGUGCUGGAGAUGAAAGCCGGAGCAGUUUCUGGGGAAGGCGGAUCAGGAGAUCGAUGGGAAAGAAUGGGCGCGGUGGUUAUGAAUGUUAGUAGCGUGCCGGGGUACAUUCCGAUCAGUGUGAUUAAACCCGGUGUACAACGGGACAAAAGCGUGGCUGUUGUGGAGAUUGCGCCGCCGAUGGUUGCGACGAAUUUGCAUCGUGAGAGGACGGAUCCGGACGAUAAGAAGAAGGAGAAGAAUCCGAAUGCGCUGAGCGUGGAUGAGUUCAUGGAGUCUGUCAUUAGGGAAUCGAAGGAGGGAAAGGAUGUCAUUGGAGCGGGGAUGAGUGAAAAGGUGGUGGAGCGGUGGUAUAACGAGUUUGGAGGGGAUUAUGAGAAAGCCGUGGGAACGAAAUGA